AACGCAAGAUGGCUGCCAAUUUAUGUGAACGCAAGGACAUGUAGAAAAGUGAUAUCAGUUUUGUGUGAUAUUUCGUUUUUAUUUGUGAUAAUAAUUGUUUUAAAUAUUAUCCUGUUGUUAGUGUUUGUGAUUUAUAAAUCGGUCAGUGCAAUUUGUUAUGAGUUAUCGAUGAUUACGAAGUCAUUUGUGCAAUACGUUGGAUGGCUUAAAAAAUGUUCAGUGUUAAAUUGUGAUUAUUUAUACAGUGAUUGUCGUUUUUGGAUCGCUAUGACGCUUGUUGUUGGAUGAUAUCUGUUUUAUUUGUGAGGCGGCCAUGGAGAAGGCGAAAGCCUACAUAAAGAGCUCGCUGGGCGCUUCGAAACCGGCGUCGCCGUCACUAGAGAAGCCGUGCGCUCCAACAGAUGACGCGCGAGUGUGCUUCGUCUGCGGCGGCGCCGGCUUCAGCGACUCCUAUUCCGUCAGGGUUAAGCCCGAUGCCCAGAGCUCCGAGCCCUACUUCCCAUUCCUGGGCGCGCACGCCCCCCCAACGGGCUACCGCUCGGAAGGCGCCGAGGAUGGCACCGUCCGCUGCUGCUGCGUCUGCUAUACCUUCCUGCGGCAGCAGUGGGAGCAGUACGACCGCGAGAACAAGCCUCACAGCCAGCGGUUCUACUGGAUGAAGCGGCUCGACGGCAAACCCUUUAUAGGAGCGGACAUGUCCUUCCAAGGGGAGUACGCGGCGCAAGUCCUCGGGCUCGCGGGGGAGCCGGCCCCCGCCUCCCCCCGCCCCGCCUCCCGCGCGCUGUUCUCCGAAACUCCUGUAUCCACACCAGCUGCUAACGACAAGGAGAACCAUCAGACCAAAUUUAACAACGUUAAUCAGCGCUACGUGGAGAAGGCGGCGGGGUCUGAGGAGGGCGUGCUGGACCUGCGCGCGCGCGAGCCCUCCGUCGUGUCUGUGGGCUCGCAGCACUCCGCCGCGUCCGAGGGCGCCGGCUACCUCGACGCUGUCAGGUCGACGGUGUCGGUGUACUCGGGCGCGUCGACGUCGAGCUCGGAGCGCGACAUCCUGGACCUGUCGAUGCCGGACAAGAACUCCGUGACGGAGGUGUGCUACGUCUGCGGCGACGAGUUCCGCCGCGGCACGCUCUGCAACCUCCACACCAAGGAGCCCAAGGACAAGGCGAACAAGCAGCCGUACUUCCCGAUCUUCGGCGAGCAGCACCCGCGGCCGCCGCGCUCGCGCCCCAAGGACGCGCAGGGCACGGUGCGCGCGUGCGCCGCCUGCCACCACCAUCUGCUGCACCAGUGGAACACCUACCACAUGCGCGGAGUCCCCGCGAACGAGCGCGUGUACACACUGCGCACGCGGCCGCCGUCGCUGCUGCCGCCGUCGCCGCUGAGCCUGGCCAGCUCCGGCGACAAGUCUCUGGCCGCGCACACGCACUCGCCCUCGCUGGAGCGGCCCGCCAGCCAGCCCCCGGCGCCCCCCUCCACCGCCUCCUUCGUCUGCUACGUCUGCGGAGUCAGCGCCCCCAGCUCACAAUUGAGACUGGUCUAUUGCUGUCCCAAUCCCGAAAGGGAGCCCUACUACCCGUUCAUCACGACGCUGAAGCCCCAUCAGGAUGCCAGCCCUAUUAGUCCUCAAGGAAUGGUGCAGAUCUGCGCGUCGUGUUACAAAAGCAUACCCCUCAAGUAUCCGGCCUACGGCGAAAAUGGAGAACCCAACCCCGCGCACAAUAACUCACAUUCUAAUAAUAUUCGGUUUAAACCCUACGACAUGAAGAGCACUAGUUCGAGUCAGUCAAAUAAAAGGCCAUCGAAUGCAUUAGCCAGCAGUCCCAGCCAGAUCGUCUCCGGCGAGAACGGCAUGGGUUUAUAUAGGUGCUACGUCUGCGCAGGUCUAUUCCCACAGCAAUCAAUGGAAUGGCUGUCCACCACAGCGGAGUACAUGAACUCGCACGCGAUGCAUUUUCCGUGCCUAGCGUCGGGGGGCGCUGGGGGCGCCGGGGGCGCUGGGGGCGCCGGGGGCGCGGGCGCGCGCGGCGGCCGCGUGCUGGCGUGCUCGCGCUGCGUGCGCCAUCUCGCUCGCCAGUGGGAGCUCAUGGACGCCGAGAGGGUGCCCUUAGAACAUAGAAGGUAUAAUAUCCCAUCGCCUCUGCCGUCCAACUCGUCAGUGAACGGCGACAGAGUAAUCCCCACGCCUCCCUCCACCACCUCCGAUAGAACUGUUGCUAGUAAUAAUGCGUGUACGUCAAUAUAUUGUUUUCUAUGUGGAUUACAUUCGGACUUCACGCUGGCGCGGAUACUCUAUGGACAGCCACAGGGCAACGCGCCGUACUUCCCUUGUUUACUGACUCACCAGAGUCACCCGAACGCGGAGCAGUUGCGAGACAACGGCUCGGCUCUAGUCUGCACCUUCUGUUACCACUCGCUGCUGAGCCAGUGGCGGCGAUACGAGUCGCUGGGCACGUACCCGGCGGAGCGACGCGUGUACAACACGCACGACUACCACUGCCACCUCUGCGGCAUCAAGACCUACCGCAAGCGCGUGCGCGCGCUGCCCAUCAAGGAAUUCCCAUUUUUAGUGCAAAGGCGAACUGAAAAUUCAUUAUUAUUAGAAAAUGGCGACUACGCCGUCGUAUGUUUAGACUGUUAUGAAAGUUUAAGAACGCAAGCGCAAGACUACGAGCGGCGCGGCGUCCCCGUAGAGAAGAGAGAAUACAAUUGGCUCCAGCAGCCGCCGCCGCCCGAGGACAGCGCCGACGUCACCAUCGCCAGGCUACCUUCCGGGGACAGGUCUGACAAGCUGAUACCCCAGUCGCUGGUGAUGUCGCGGAGUUCCUCGAAGCGGAAUAGUCCGAAGCAGCACACCGCAGUCGUCAGCGACAGGAGGCUGACGUCGACCAAGACUGAGAAACCAGAUCAAGGUAAAUAUGAAAAUCCAACAUCGCUGUAUCAAGACCUUGAAUAUGGCGGGCACCCGAAUAAGAUCGCGAAGCGCACGGAGCUGAGCGCGCCGAACAAGGGCGGGCCGUUCGCGGCCGCGCUGCGCACGCUCGCCAAGAACGCCGGGCCCGAGGCCAAGGACGGCGCGGGCGCCGAGCGCGACGGCAAGGACAAGCCCGCGGCCAAGCGCGCGUCGCCGCACCACCAGCUGCCCAGCGGCUUCCAGCCUUACAGGCCCGACGACAGAGUGUCGCACCCGGCCGCGACGUCGUUCCCGCUGUUGGAGCCGACGACGUAUUCGCAUUACGCUCACCCUAGCCUUUACUCCAACGCUGCGCUGCAAUACAGGCUAGCGGCGGAGGAGCAAAUGUACCUAGAGCGGGUGUUCCGCAGCGGCGUGGGGGUGGGCUGGCUGCCGCCCUACGCGCUGUACCCGCCGCUGGCGCCGCCGCUGCCGCUCGUGCCGCACCACGCGCCGCACGCGCCCCUGCCGCCGCACGCGACACACUCGACCCACACGCCCCACACGCCCCACUCGUCCCACGCGCCCCACACGCCCCACCAGCCCCACCAGCCGCACGCCACGCAUCUGCACGAGGAUAGAGAAAAGGAGAUCGCGCUGCAAAGAGAACGGGAGCGGGAGAGAGAACGCGAGAGGGAAAGAGAAAGAGAACGCGAGCGCGAGCGGGAACGCGAACAGCGCGAACGCGAGCAGCGCGAGCGCGAGCGCGAGCGCGCGGCGCGCGACAAGGAGCGCGCGCGCUCGGCGCUGCGCUCCGAGCGCCCCUACCCUGCGCUGGCGCUGCCCGCCUACCUGCCCCGGCCGCUGCUGCCCCCGCCGCUGCUGUACCGGCCCUACCGGCCGUACGCGCCGUACGAGCCGCCGCGGCCGCUGCCGUCGCCGCACCCGGAGCCGGCGCCGGCGAGCGCGCCGGAGCCGGCGCCGGAGGAGCCGCGAGCGAAGCCGGCCAUACCACCAACAACAGUGACUUCUCCCACCACCGACCCUUCAGAGCGCCCCCCACUGCCACCGCCCGACCCCCCGCCUCCGCCGAAACCACCCGCAGAACCAUUCAAACCUAAUGAGGAACCAAACAUAUUCCUAGAAAAGCCAGCUUUCAUACCACCAAAACCUAUUUCACAUUCGCCAAAAAUAUCGCCAUCAUCUAUCCCUAAUCCGAGUCCGAGUGUAACGACUAACAAGAAUGUGGAGCCAGGGUAUCCUAACUAUAGCAAUUUUUUGUAUAACAUCCCGGGUUAUUCCGCUUUUCAACCUGUCGCCUUCCCUGGAAUAAUCCAACCGAACCAAGCUCCUUUGCCACAAAAUGAAAGUGUCGCAGAAUUUGUACCAUUUCCACCAAAACCUUCGAAAGACAAUGGCAAUGAAGAAAAAAGUAAUGCAACUUUUGAAGAAGUACAACCUACAGAUCAAAUAUCACCGAAAAUAGAGGCUCCUAAACCUCAGACAGACUUCGAAGACCACUUUGCACCAGAAAUAGUCCCUGUUAUUCCUACUUCUGAAAAGAAUAAGCUAACGGAAUGCAAAAUGAGUAUAACAUCUCUAGCUCAAGGUUCUGGUGGCACUAUCACUAUACCAGCACAAGUGACGCAAGUUUCUCAAAUUAGUCAAGCAAGUGAUAUCAAAAAGAAACCAAAUGAACGAUUCAGUUUGAAAACAAGCAUCCCGAUUAGUAAAAUUGAUAUGAAAUGCGUAAAUAACCAACCAGAAAACAUCCUACAGAAUCCUCUCAUUAAGAAACCAAUGCAAAGUCAGCCAUUUCUAAAUCAUAAAGUGGAAAAUGGUCCACGAGUUGAAAUUCAAAGUAAUAUAGUUAUUAAAAAACCAGAUAUACCAGUCGUUAAAGAGGCAGAAAUGAAACCUGUGUCUCCUAAUCCCGUACCUGCGCCUGUGUCUGUGUCUGUGUCAGAAAGUAAAGUUGUGUCAUCGAUGCCAAAUAAUAGCAUAAAUGCCUUGUUAAACGCUGCGGAAGUCAUAAAUAAGAAUGAAAGUCAAUUUCGAAAAUCAGAUCCCAUACCAGAAGAACUAACUGAAAUCAAAGAGUCAUCACCUACAUUAAUGCCUCAGACAUCUACAGCUAUAACUAGAUCUAUAUUUAAUCCAAUAAAUAUAGAAUCAAACAAAGUUAACUUUACAAACAAACCGACAGAAGGAUACAAUGAACAGAAAAAUCAAAUACUGUUCAUACAAAACAAGAAUCCUUCAAAUCCUAAAAUGUUGCUGACCAUCCAGCAACAAAAUCCGCAGGUGCUAUUGCAAAGAACUAAUUUCGAUUCAAAAAACCUGCAAGCUCCUUCACGAUUGUCAAGCCAAACCAAAAAAAGUAAAGACGAGAUCAACGACGGAUCGUCUUCUAAAGUAGUCGCAUUGAAACGGUUACAUCAAGAAAAUUGUGACGAAAAUGACUUUGAGAAUUUAAUUACGGAAAAUCAAAUUUAUGGCAAUAAGAUAGUCGUGAAGGAGAAGUCGCAAGGAACCCUGCAAGAGCAGGACUUAAAGAAUAAGAUUAAGAUGGAUAAGCCUAUGCAGACAGAAACUAAAAAUGUUGUUUUACAACCAAACUUCUUGUAUUUGAGUAAUGUACAAUUUCCUAAUCUAAUGAUGAUAAAAAAUAAUCCCAAAGUUGCUCAGAACAUUGAUACAAAAAUAAUUAAACAAUCUCCAAAUGAAAAUAAGGCUAACGAAGUAAAUAAUAAAAUUAACCCUGACCAAAAUCUCAUAAUGCCAACUCAAAAAACGCAAACGCCAGCAGUCAGUAAAGAAAUUCAUGUAUUAAAAUCGAGUAAUAAUGUUUUACAAACUCUAUCGAACAAAAACAAUAAAACGGACUUGGUUUUCCAAACUCCAGCUACACCAAAGGUUAUUAUGAGUCCUCAGAUAGUGUAUCAGGUACCAAUGAUAGUUGAAACGGACAAUAAAUUAAUUCAACAAUCCAUAAAUCGCGAAUACCCAAAAUUUGUAAGUAAACAGAAAGAAUUUCAAAAACAAACAGAUCAAGGAAAACAAAAUGACAAACUUUUCAUUGCUUGUCCAUAUCAAAUGGACUCAAAACUACAACCUAAAAUUGUUAUCACAAAUUUAAGACCUAAAGUUACAAAGGUUGAAGAGGUUAGUACUAUAGAUCUUUACGAAAAAAGAAGAAGGAUAAGACGUUUAAAACAUUUGACUAACAGAGAAACCAAAGAUCAGAAAAUAGAUAAAGAUCAAAAAGUCAAAGAAACAACAGAAAGAGAUACAAAGAAAUUAACAGAAAAGGUUGGUCUUAGAAAUGUCAUAACUCCUGCCAAAAUGAAGGCAGAGAUUUAUAAAGAAUUUACAAGAACUAGAGAAACAAUAGAAGAAGAUAGUAGUGAGAGUGAAAGUGAUUACGGGGAAGAAGAAAUUGGUGAAUACGAAAGUAUAAUAAACGAAUACAGUGACCAAAAAGAUGAUCAAUCAGCGAAAGCUGAAUUUCUAUCCAAUUUCAUGUUAGCUACACACGAAAUGCAUAAAGAUAAGGAAAUGGACAAACAAGAAAGAAUGCUUCAAAGAGAUUCCGUCGCUGCAGCAUACAUCACCGUGGGUCGCCUUGAUCGUCUGUACAAUGAAGACAAUCCUGAGACACCGAAGGUUGAUAGACUAGCUCCAACGAAGGUCGAUAGUGUGGAGAAAGAAAGCGCGGCAACUAUACACAAGAAGCAAAUGUUUUUAAAGGAAUUGCAGCUGACGCAGGUGUCGCCGCAGUGCAGAGAUGGUUACGAGAAGACAUGGCAAGAAAUAAUGAAGGAGAGAAACCGACGAAACGGAGUAACACAGUCAGAGGUCCCGCCGCAACCCACAGCAGAAAACAUGGAAUUAGACCCAAAUGGACAACUACAGUUAUUGACAGAAAUAAAUAAAAGCGUAAAUGAAAACAAUAAUCUAAUAAAAAUGAGAUUAGAUUCCGCAUCAAACAAUGACGAUGGGGAAAGCAUAAAAGUUUUAGCUGAGAAAAAUUUCUCAGAGUUGAAUCGCCUGUCCAAAAUGGCCGAUCAAAGUGUAAAAAUUUUGAGCGGUCAAGACGCCAAAAAACGGGAUUUAACACCAGGUUUCGACAGCGAGAACAUUCAAAAGGCUAUUUCGAAAUUGAAUCCUAACCCGGGCUACGCUAAUUUAAAGAUACCGAAUAUUUCUAAGAUCAUUUCAUUGAAGUCGAGGGAAGAGGACAGCGCAUUGUCGACGGCUCCGGCCACGUCAAUGGACGAGCCUAAGAACAGCGCUGCUGGUACUGACAUCUUCGACGGUAAUAAGAGAGAUUUCUGCUGUCAGUUUGAAGAUAUGAUGUGGCCUGGAAUAGAAGCUGUUGCGAAGAGUUUUAGGGCGUUAGAAGCAGCGCGUAAGAAGGAGAUAGCGGAGCUGCACCGACGCAAUACGGCGCUGCGCGUGGACAGCGCGCACGUGACGCGCUCGGCCGCGCGCGACUCCGAGCGCGCGCGCGCGCUGCUCGCCGAGCGACAGAACCUCGCCCUGGAGGAGAACAACUUGAGGCUCUCCAUACAGAGGAUUACUGCUGCUAUCGAGGCUGUUAAGAACUGUUGAUUUACGCGAAGACCCUGUAUGUAUUAUAUAUAAAGAAGAUGAGCGAGCUCGCGAUAUGAUUGCCCAUCGUGUUCUAUGCGCAGGCGAAGACCCAAGCUUUAACGAAACCCUCAGUGUGCGAGUCCAACUCGCUCGCAGCAAUAGAACCUGGACAAUAGCUUGAGGCUCUCCGUACAGAGGAUUACUGCCGUUAAAAACUUUUAAUUCGGGUUGUAGGUACAUAUAAAUAGUUUAAGUUAAUUUUAUUUAGACUGCUGCUAUUUGCGACGCAUACAUUUUCCUAAGAAGCGUGCGUUUGCAAUAGUCAAACCGUGAGGAAUGCGCGAUCAAAGAAAAUAAUUUCAUUUUUCUUAUGCUGUAAGGGCUUACCAGAUAGAGGUUUUGUGGUCCUGGUUGCGUUUUUAGUAAAUAAUACCAAUUUGAUCUCCAAAGAUAGUCACUGAUAGUCUAUACAUAUUUAUUUUAAAAUUUGGAUUCAAGAUCUGGACUACAAUGAACAUUUUUUUUGUUUAUGGAUGGACAGACAGAGCUUAUCCAUCCAGCAGGGGUCUCAUCAUUUGAGUAAACUAUUGUUUAAAAGAGAAAAAAAAUUGUGAUGUACAUUUUAACAAAAAUAAUAAGUUUCAAUUCCAUCUACCCUUGCUGUUUGCCUUAAUGUCGAUAAUCUAUUUUUCGUAUUCGCCUGGUAUUGGAGACAUUUGAAUUAUUUAGAAUAUCUUAGUUCUCAUCAAAGUAUAAUCUCUCAGCUUGGAUGAAACAAGCAAGGUCUGGCCGUCACGAGCUCUUGCCCUAAUAAAUUCCGUUGCCAUAAAACUACAGACUUUUCAUUAAUACUAUACUCCUACCAGUUUAUUGCAUGUUACGAAAGAAACUUGCAAAUUGUAAUGUCAUAUUUUUAUUCAUAAACAUAACAACAUCGAAACAUUUCUUUAAAUAUAUAUCUAACAUCGAUUCCCUAUUUUUAUGCAUACAAUUUUAUGUCAUAAUUUAACAUGGCACAUUUAAUAUAGUUACGCACAAUAUUAAUUUGGCUUAAUGUUUUAGGCACAAUUUUUUUACGCAUACCUACCAUAAACAUAACAAUUUUUAAAGCAUAUUGGCGUCUUAUGCCGCCGCACCCUAACCUACUGCUACACUAUAGCUUUAUACAAAUCAAAAUUAUGGUAAAAUACAUUAGCCUAAACUAUAAUUAUGCUAAAUUAAAUUAGGAUAAAAAAUUUAUGCGAAAAAAAGGGAUCCCUCUAACAUCUUACUCUCCUAGUCAUAUGUAACCAUUUAAAUGCAAUAUAUUCAUAUUAGUAAUACUGUGUGUAAAAUAGUAUUGUACUUUCUAUUUAUGUACUAGGAUAUAAGAAAUGUAUAUAAAUUGGUCAAAAAUAGCUUCAAAGAAGCAAGUAACAUAAUAUGUAAUUAAUUCAUUAGUUUUAACUUGGGGAGAUAGAUUUACUCAAGUAAAUUGAACUUGCAUCGAUUGAAAUAUUUUGUUGCACAUAUAUACAUAUAUAAAAAAUCAUGGAUGGACACAUAACCAAUUUAUUUCGUACUACCAAGAGUUAAACAGGCAUGAUACCCACUAGCGUCAUCGAAUUAUCGAUACUUACAAUCGAAGACCAUACUAUCGAUAGUACGGAAAACUAUCGAUACUACUGAUUUUUCUCAAACUAUCGAAACGCUAUCGAUAGUUGUCUAUCGAGCCAACUGAUGGUGUGUGGCCACCGAAGCCUAUAGACGCCUGUAACACCAAUGUUUUAAUUUUUAUUGCUGGCUACAUUUUUUAAAUAAAUAGGUUACUCAGUGAAAUAAAGUGUCCCUAAAAUAUUUUGCUUGCUUGCCCGGUGAUUGUAAGUUCUUCAGUGAAGUGUUGCCGUAUUCGAUAGAUUUAUUAUCGAUAGUUGACCUAAAAAAAUCAUCUAAACUGAAUUGUUUCGAAUUUUCGAUACUUUCGAUAGUAUAAAUAUUAUCGAUUGUUUGAGGACUAAUAGUAUAAAAACCAUCGAUAGUUCCACUAUUGCGAAACUAUCGUUAACAACACUACUUCAGUGCCUAAUUUUGUAUGUAAUAUAGGGGUUACAGUGCAAUACUGUUUAGUUUGUAUGUUAAUGAUACACCUGAAUAACUUUAACUUCAGUUUAUUUAUUUUCCAAACUCUCUCUUUCGUCUUCGCUUGUUUCUUGAGUCCAGAAAUAGCUGGGAGAGAGAGAUGACAGAGUUACUUACAUAACUACAUUUACGUUGGUCUUCAAAACAUAAGAUUUAACAAAAAAAUAGAAUACUAUUGAUUAAUGAAAAAAAAAAAAUUAAUUAUUAUCAAAUUAUGCUUUAAAAAUAGUUUCGAUGAUUUUUUUAAUUUAGAUGAAUUUUGUUCAAUUUCUUUGUGUGAUUCAAUUUCUAUUAAUUUAAACAUUAUUUAUGAUAAGUCGAAACAACGAGGUGGAUGCAAGUGUGGCAUUGUAUAACACCAUGUGGAAUGUAUUAGAGGACAUAAAGUAAUCACAUUCGA